GUUGAGCUAAAUGUUGUGCCCAUUUGAUCUAAAAACCGUUAGUGAAUAUAGUUCAUAGAAGUAAAUUAAAAAAAAACUGUUCUGCAGAAGAAGAAAAAAAUAGAAGACAUUAAGAUGUCUUCUAAUUUGAUUAGUCCAGAUGGAAAAGCAGUUCAAUCGAAAGAAAUUAAGUACAGCGAUUCUGAAAUUGGUACAAACGAACUUAAACUGAGGAGUAAAUCUCUAGCAGUUUAGGAUGUGUCGUUUGCUAAAAAUCAUAAGGAUUCAGGGUUCCGCAAGAAUUUUUAUAAGUAUUUUGCUGAAUAUUCUAAUAAUACUACCAUACAUGGUUUUAAGUACAUGAGUGAUCCAAACAUGACUGCUGCAGAAAGAAUUUGGUGGUUUAUACUUUUUUGUCUGUCUUUAAACAUUUGCAUUUUCUUAAUAAUACAGUCUUACGUAAAAUGGGAUAAUGCACCUGCACUUGUGAGUUUUGCUAAAACAUCAAUGUCUAUCUGGGACGUGCCUUUUCCAGCUGUAACAGUAUGUUCAGAAACAAAGGCCAAACAAACAGCUUACAAUUAUACCGAAUAUUACCAUCGGAAGCUAAGUGCAGAAUAUAGCUUGACUGAUGACGAAUUUCAAAAAUAUGCUGAUUUGUCUCUCGUUUGUCCAACUCAUUUUUAUGAUGGAGGAGAUAAAUUCAUCAACUAUGAUACUAUUGAUUUUUUGAUGAGCAUUGCUCCUCAAUUUAACGAAAUGUUCUGGUCGUGUAAUCCCUUUAUAGAUCCCUGUUCAAACUUUUUUACACCUAUAUUAACCGAAAGAGGACUCUGCUAUACAUUCAACAUGCUCGAUAGAUCGGAAAUAUAUGAAGAAAAUGUAUAUAUCCAUGGUAACUUUAUGUCUCAUGACAAAAAAUCAGAUGGCUGGACCAUAGAAGACGGGUAUUCUUCCGAUAGUUUUUCGUAUCCUAGGAGAGCUCUAUCACCAGAAUUUAAUUCAGGAUUGACAUUGCUUUUACGUGCUUAUAAAACAGACUUGGAUUUUGUGUGCAAUCCUGUGCAAGGAUUUAAAGUUAUUUUACAUAAUCCAGCUGAAACGCCAAAUGUUAACUUGCAAUAUAUUCGUGCUCCACUAAAUCAGGAGAUACUACUAACAAUAAAACCAGAUUUAAUAAGCACGUCUACAGAUUUAAGAGGCUACACGCCUGAUGUGCGCCAAUGUUAUUUUUCCACAGAACGAAAACUUAUGUUCUUUCGAACCUACACGCAGCAUAACUGCGAGAUUGAAUGCUUGGCGAACUACACUUUAAAGAGAUGUGGAUGCGUUUCUUACUCUAUGCCUCAUGAAAAAGAGACGCCAAUGUGCGGUCCUGAAAGCCUUAGAUGCGCAGUUAGUGCCAAAAGGGAACUUCGUAUGAAAGCCGUUGGAUUCUCAAUCGACUACACAACUGUUAAAAACAAGAAUGUUCCUCUUACUGACUCUGACUUUCAAGAUUGCAACUGCUUGCCUGAUUGUACGUCACUUGGGUACAAAGUAGAGAUAUCGCAAGCAGAGUUUAUGUGGCCCGAAUUGUUUAACGCAUUUAAGGUUAAUCAAACCGAAUUUUCCAAUAUAGCACUAACCAAGAUUACCUUAAUCUUUAAAGAACAACAGUUUCUCAAAUCAGAUAGAAAUUUUUUGUAUGAGUUGUAUGGCAUGGUUGAUUUUUUUGCCAAUUGUGGUGGCAUUUUAGGCCUGUUUACUGGAUUUUCAUUUUUGUCGAUGGUUGAAAUUCUGUAUUUUUUAAGUUUAAAACUAAUUUGUAAUGUUAGAAGGUUCGGACUGCAUAAUUGGUCAGGAUAAUCCCAGCUGAAAUGUACUUAAAUGUAAAAUUUUUGAUGGAAUAAUAGUUUUUAUAUAAUACAAUUAUAUAAAGGGUAUAGAAGAGUGUGAUGUUCUGACAUUGAACAAACAUAAUAAUAUGAAUGGUAUGUAGGGCUCUAUUAAUUGCUUGCAAUAUAUGUAACUAUUUUGUAAGGAUAAUGCAUUUUACCAUAAUUUCAACAUGUAAUAGUACUAGUUUCAAUAUGAUAUG